GCAUCUCAAUUCUCAGUUUAUCCCGAGCAACAGCAACCGCUGAAUGUGCAGUGCAACUUUGAAAUCCUUUUCAUAAGUGCGGAACAGUGGACAUAAGUGAUAGUGAAAAUAUAGCUAGAUAACUUGAAUUAAUACUUAAUUUGAGUUAAAAACAGAAGCAUACGAGUGUGUAAAGGUACAACAAAAUCAAAACAUACGAUUUUGACCAAUAGCUGUGCUCGAAUUGGAUAGGGGCUGAAGUCAACCUCGCUUCCGAUUGGCUAAUAUCCACAGUUUUGCGACGUCUCUCCAACCUUAUAAAUAUCAGCGCAAACUCACGCCGGACCUCUUUUCCACAGUGUUAAUUCAGGGGGACUCUUACCGGGUUAUUUUAGUGAGCUAACUCUAAUUCAGAAUGCCGGAGACAUCAAAAAUGAAUGGAUAUGCUAAAACAAAUGGACACAGUUUUGACAUGGAAGAUGGAUCAGUGUUUCUGUUCACAUCUGAAUCAGUCGGCGAGGGACAUCCAGACAAAAUGUGCGAUCAAAUUAGUGAUGCUAUUCUCGACGCACAUCUGAGACAGGAUCCCGACGCUAAAGUUGCAUGCGAAACCGUCACAAAGACUGGCAUGGUCUUACUAUGCGGUGAAAUUACCUCAAAAGCCAAUGUUGACUACCAGAAGGUUGUGAGGGAUACAGUAAAGCACAUCGGAUAUGAUGACUCUUCUAAAGGUUUUGAUUGGCGUACACUAAACUUAUUAGUGGCAAUUGAAGAACAAAGUCCAAACAUAGCUGACGGGGUGUAUCAGGCCCGUGAAGAACUAGAUAUUGGGGCCGGAGAUCAGGGUUUGAUGUUUGGCUAUGCCACUGAUGAAACAGAAGAAUGCAUGCCCCUGACAGUGGUCCUAGCACACAGACUAAACCAGAAAAUUGCUGAACUCAGGCGAAAUGGUGAAUUCUGGUGGGCCCGUCCAGACUCCAAGACUCAGGUCACAUGCGAAUAUAACUUUGUUGGUGGCGCCACCGUGCCACAAAGGGUACACACAGUUGUGGUUUCUCUUCAGCACUCUGAGAAGAUCACACUGGAGACAUUGCGCGAAGAAAUCAAAGAAAAAGUAAUCAAGGAGGUGAUUCCCGCACAGUAUCUGGAUGACAAAACUGUGAUCCACAUCAAUCCAUGUGGACUCUUCAUUAUUGGUGGACCUCAGUCCGACGCGGGCCUGACAGGCCGCAAGAUCAUCGUCGACACAUACGGCGGGUGGGGCGCGCACGGCGGUGGCGCCUUCUCGGGCAAAGACUUCACGAAGGUGGACCGCUCCGCCGCCUACGCCGCGCGCUGGGUCGCCAAGUCGCUCGUCAAGGCCGGCCUCUGCCGCCGCUGCAUGGUUCAGGUGUCAUACGCUAUCGGCGUCGCCGAGCCGCUGUCGAUCUCCGUGUUCGACUACGGCACAUCCCACAAGAGGCAGAAAGAGCUCCUCGCCAUCGUAAAGAAGAACUUCGACCUGCGGCCGGGCAAAAUCGUCAAGGAACUGAAUCUGCGAGCGCCCAUCUAUCAGAAGACGAGUACAUACGGCCACUUCGGGCGCGAGGGCUUCCCAUGGGAGAACCCCAAGCCGCUGGUCGUAGAAUGACUUCGGACUUCGUAUACUUAGAACAUUGUAAAUAUUCCACCAGUAUGUUAUAAAUAAUACACUUAAUCUACGUGUGUCUUUGUAGCGAGGGCGCGAGAUGUUGUCGCUGACUGUACACGAUAAAUGUUUUCGCCGCGCGAAUCUCGCCCGUGGAACUGCCGCGUCUCGCCUCCACAUGACAUUCGCCCGGUUGCAUCCGCGAGAUUCACCGUAAUCGUUAAGUAUUCACUAGUUUAGACACGUAGGUUUAACACGGUGCCGUCAUUUCUGAAUUUGAGUUAGUUCAGGGGUUCAAACGGCAGUCCGAUCGUUCGAGAGCACCAUUUUAAGCGAUGAAUUUUGUGAUUUUAUUACACUGCCUGUACAAUUUUAUUUUUUUAAACCUGUAUGAAUUUUUAUCCAGUGAGCUAGAUUGCAAUUAUGUUGAAAGUUCUAUUUUACGCGAAUCACUUAAACGAUGGACUGUCCUCAAUCUCGAAAUGUUCUUUGAGCUUUAUGAUGUAAGUGCUAUGAUUUGCGGUAGAGUAGACUACUUCCUCGGUCGCGUCACAGUGCAGCGAGCGCGCGCGGCGGCGGCCGGCUGCCGCGUGCAGUGCUGGUCACUGCGUGUGUGCAGUGCUGAACAUUACAGCGCUGCACACUGUCACUGUGCAGCGUCGCCGCGCGUCCUCGCUCACUGCAAAUGUGCGGCGCGCAGGGGCGGGGCUUAAAUGAUUUUGCUUCCUAUUUUAGUUGUGAUAAUAAGUGUCAGUUAACUGCCUCGUACGUUGUAAAAUAAUGCGUUAGUAAAUUUAUCUCCACCGCGCCCCCCGCGCGUCUCGAUUUGUGUUGUGUUUCUGAAAAGGAAGCUAGUGGAAAAGAGCCAUUUUGAAAACACACCGACCCGUCCGCGGGAGUAGUGCACUGUGCAUUUAAUCCGUUUUAAUGAUACUGUAAUUCCGCCGGUAGGUUUAACGCUAACCGUACGUUAUGACAUUAGGGAUUAACUUAGAGUUUUAUCUAUUUGUAAGGCGGUCAUUGAGUACUUUGUGAUUAUAUUUUUCGAUCUGUUUCAAUUUCGACCUGUUAAAAGUUUCUAAUUGACUUCUGUGGAUUUAUCGAUUUGUCAGAUUGUGUAAUUUUAAACUAAUAAAUUAUGUUCCUGACGCAAGUCGGGAGUAAAAGAA